AUGGAAAAGAUUGUCAAAACUUCUGUGCCUGCUUCACCUUCUUAUAGGCAGCUUCAAAAGAUGGUCCAUGAUAUUAAGAACAAUGAAGGUGGAAUAAUGAAUAAAAUCAAAAAGCUAAAAGUCAGAGCACCUCCAAGCGUUCCUCGAAGGGACUAUGCUUUAGAGAGCCCUGCUGAUGAAGAGGAGCAGUGGUCAGAUGACUUCGACAGCGACUAUGAAAACCCAGACGAGCACUCGGACUCGGAGAUGUAUGUGAUGCCCGCCGAGGAGAACGGGGACGACAGCUACGAGCCGCCUCCAGCCGAGCAGGAGACGAGGACGGUGCACCCGGCCCUGCCCUUGGCCAGGGGCGAGUACGCAGACAACCGCUCAAGCCAGAGGCCAUCCCCACCCUUCAGCAAGACACUUCCCUGUAAGCCCAGCUGGCCUGCGGUGAAAGCCAAGCUGGCCGCCACUCUACCGGCCCCCACUUCUCUGCAGAAGCCGCAAGUCCCACCCAAACCCAAAGACCUCGCUGAGGAUGAGGCCGAUUAUGUGGUCCCUGUAGAAGAAAAUGAUGAAAACUACAUUCAUCCCACAGAAAGCAGUUCACUCCCAUCGGAAACAGCUCCCAUGGUGAAUAGGUCAACCAAGCCAAACAACUCCUCAAAGCCGGCCUCUCCUCCAGGGACAACUUCAGGUCGAAACAGCGGGGCCUGGGAAUCCAAGUCACCUUCUUCCCCAGCCGCGCCAUCCCCACUGCCGAGGGCCGGGAAAAAACCAGCUGCACCACUGAAGACAACUCCAGUUGCCUCUCAACAGAAUGCAUCAAGUGUUUGUGAAGAAAAACCUAUACCUGCUGAACGCCACCGAGGGUCUAGUCACAGACAAGAAUCCGUACAGUCACCAGUGUUUCCUCCUGCCCAGAAACAAAUCCAUCAAAAGCCUGUACCUCUGCCAAGAUUUCCAGAAGGGGGAAGCCCAACUGUGAAUGGACCCUUACCCACGUUUUCAUCUAAUUCCACUAUUUCAGAACAGGAAGCUGACCUUCACUGCAAGCCAUGGUAUGUUGGUGCCUGUGAUCGAAAGUCUGCUGAAGAGGCCUUGCAGAGAUCAAACAAGGAUGGAUCAUUUCUUAUUCGGAAAAGCUCUGGCCAUGAUUCCAAACAGCCGUAUACAUUAGUUGUAUCCUUUAAUAAGAGAGUAUAUAAUAUUCCUGUGCGAUUUAUUGAAGCAACAAAACAGUACGCUUUGGGCAGAAAGAAAAACGGUGAAGAGUACUUUGGAAGCGUUGCUGAAAUCAUCAGGAAUCAUCAACAUAAUCCCCUGGUUCUUAUUGACAGUCAGAAUAACACAAAAUAUUCCACAAGACUGAAAUAUGCAGUUACAGUUUCAUAAAGAAAAAAAAGGAGGUCAAUAUCAUUGCUUCAGACAUUUUCCCCAAGUUUCUCUUUUUGAGAAAAGUCUCAAAGCUUCAUAUUUUGGAUUAUGAAUCACAGCAAUAAAAUAGAAGAUGGAGGCAGCUAUUGAGGUGGUCAUCCAUGUCUUUAUGAGAAGCUCACAUGGACUUGUUCUACCUAUUUGUGACCCAAUGAGCUGUUAAUAUCUGGUGAGAUAUUAA